AUGACAACCAACAGGCCCUUCUUUGGCGGCUUCCUGGCAGCCUUCCGUGCUCAGCCAACUGUACAGAAAGCGGGCGCAUCGCAAGCCGCAUCUGCAGCCUCUUACUCUCACACUACCGCACCGUCCCAGACACAAGGCUACGACGCCUCAAGUACCACACGAACGAUUACCACCAAGACACGAUCGCCCUCACCUGGGUCGACAACGGUGGUUCACACAACAGGCCAGUUCCAGCCCACCAGGCAACAUGCAACACCAUACCACCGUUCCACAUCACCGGUGCACGCAAAAGCAUUUCCAAUCCCGGGCGCAUCUCAAAGAAGCAGGAGAGGGUCUGAUAGCUCCUCGGAUGGCUUCAACGAGAUCAUGGGCGCUGAGAAGUGGUACAUCGGUGGUCGAACAGCGACUGGCGAAGAGAAAUUCUACAAGCUCGGCAUGGUGAAGCGUCACCGGAGCGCAGAUCGUUUGAGUCUGGACAAACUCAGUAUAUAA